CUGCACUCUUUCUAGUAUCUCACCAUCUUUUCUGUAUUAUGGUGACCAAAACUCAGCCUUCCAUCCUUUAUAAGGUUGCGCCUGGAUGUCUGCCUAGCAAAAAUGACGACAUGGCAAUACCUUUUUUUUCUACCGGUUGAGAUUAGCCAAUCACCAGCUUUUUGCUCGAUAUUGUUUACGUUGUCGAUCAUCCGGAGCGUUUUCUUUCUCUGCCUGCGAAUUCAGAAGAGCGGAGCGCACUUUGAGGAUGGUGGCAAGGAUGGCUCUGCGCUCUCUGUCGCUCCUGGUGUUGGUGGCGGUUGCGCUGCGGGAGAGCUGCUUCGGUUUCUCUUCUCACUCCCUGAAAUAUUUCUACACCGGCAUCUCGGACCCCAAUCAGGGGCUGUCCCACUUUGUCGCUCUGGGGUUUGUGGAUGAUCAACUCUUCAGUUCCUAUGACAGCCACAGCCGGAGGAUGAAGCCUCGAGUCUCCUGGAUGGAGAAAGUGGGGAAGGAGGAUCCCCAAUACUGGGACAGUCAGACCCAGAUGGCACGUGGCCAUGAGGACAUGUUCAGAGUAAACCUGGAAGUUCUGAGGAGUCGCUAUAAUCAGAGUGAAGGCCUUCACACGUUUCAGUGGAUGUAUGGCUGUGAACUCCGGAGAGACGGGAGGAAAGGAGAGUUUAUGCAGUAUGGCUACGAUGGGAAGACCUUCCUCGCCUUUGACAAGGAGACCCUCACCUGGGUGGCUCCUGAACCCCAAGCCCAGAUCACCCAGAGGAAAUGGGAUGCUAUUCCAGGAAACAAUGAGAGACAUAAGUUCUACCUGGAGGAAAUCUGCAUUGAGUGGCUGGAGAAGUACCUGUUCUAUGGGAAGGAGAUGCUGCUGAGGACAGAGCCCCCAGUGGUGACGAUAAUUAGCAGGACGGAGGUGGAGGAUGGGAUGGAGACGCACGUCUGCCAAGUCCACGGCUUCUACCCCAGGGAGAUCGAUGCCUCCUGGACGAGGGACGGGGAGGUCUGGCUGCAGGACACCUUCCAUGGGUUUGUGGUCCCCAACGCGGAUGGGACCUACCACAAGUGGCUCGGCAUCCAGAUCGAUCCCAAAAAGAGGGACCGCUAUCGGUGCCACGUGGAACAUGACGGCCUGCAGGAACCUCUGGACGUAGCCCUGAAGGAUGAGAGGCUGCAGGUUCCAAAAUCCACUCUGGGGCUCAUCAUCGGCUGCGUUGUGGCUGCUCUUAUCCUGGUGUGUGUGAUUGCUGCAACUUUGGUAUUUCUCAGAACCAACCAGGCCAUUUAGCAGUCCUGUCACAGAUGUUGAAGGAAGACCUGGACCCUCUGGAGGCCUUGAAUCCAUUUGCACCGGAAGACAGUGAAUUUGACUCCCGCCAAAAGCAGCUAGCUGACUUGGGCCAGUCACAGUCUUUCUCAGCCCAACCCACCAUAUAGGCUGUGUCGUGGAAAAACCCAAUGAAAACGACAAGAGACAGUAACACAAACAAACAAUAAUUCUUACUUCCAAGAUUCAGAGGCUUAUUUCACUAAUAAUUUGGACCAUAAGCAAUCAUCAUAGCAUAUCGUAACAACAGAACUGACAUUAACAAGCCAUUGCAAUGGGGUCCAGUGACAUAGGAGGUCUAGCAGGGACAGCUAUAGGCCAGAGGGCUCCAAACCAGGGGUGAAAUGCUACCGGUUUGCUCUGGUUCGGGCUAACUGGUAGUGAUAAAAGCUACCAGUUCGGGCAAACUGGUAGUUUAAAGAGCUACCAAUUUGGUCAAACCAGUAGUUAGCUACCGGUUCAGGCGAACUGGUAGUUUAAAAAAGCUACUAGUUCCUCCGGACCCGUAUUUCCGACAAUCAGCUGUGCCGCAUGGUUUAGCUUUGCUAGAAAGCAGGAAAUCCUGCUUUUUAGCGAAGCUAAAUCACGUGGCACAGCUGAGUCUCCUCUCGCUGUUCUACUUACCUUCCCAAGCCUCCUUUUGGCGUGUACUGUGCUUGCGUGUUUGGAGCGUGUGUUUGGCAUGCAGGUGUGCACACAGCACACAUGAGCGGCCAGCGAACCUGUAGCAAACCAGUUCAGGUUUCACCACUGCUCCAAACUCAUUUGAAGCCACACUUUUUAUACUUUUCUGCACAUAUUUUACAGCUUACUUCCUUGUUCCUUCUUACUAACCGUCAAUCCCCACAUAUACCCAUGUACAUCUGAAACCUCCAUCCAUCUGCUACUUUCAGAUUCUUAUUUCUCAUGGUUUUCAUCCUUCUUGUUCCAAAUAUACUCAUGUCUACUUUGCACAAAUUGCAACUUGUUCGGCAGAUUACAAAUAUUUCUAGUACAUUGCGAAAUUAUCCUAGCUGAAAGCUUUGGUUCAUGUUUCAUUCUUGGGUCUGCGAUCUUCUCCUUGGGCCCUAUCAAAUCCAAUAAACCAAUGGAGUAUUUUCCUUCUGGCUCAGGUGGUAGUUGGGAAAAUAGGAGGAGGUAUGUCCAAUGUCUUGAGCUAUUUAUAAAAAUAAUAAACACAGGAUAAAAAUAAAUAAAUUCACGGAUUUAACUCUCUCCCGACCCCGAUGUCUGAAAGAAAAGCAAGAUCUUUACAAAAGGCCAGCAGGAUUCAGUCUGAUCUCAGAUAAAACAAUAUUCUAGGAGCCAAGUGGGAGAGCCUUUAUGGUGCCGUUCCUUUUAUAAUGUUAAGGAUAACACUUCAACAGCCAUAACAAUGAAAUAGGAAAUUAUAAGCAGAAAAACUUAAGUUCUUUUUUAAAAAGAAGAAAUUUUGUGUAUCUUUAUGGGGGGGGGAAAACCCCUGCAAACCGCUUUCCAAUAUAUGUAUGUUUGUUUGUUUGAAAAGAUUUGUACAGCUGCCAAUCUCAAAACAACUUUAGGCAGCUCACAAAAAUAGUUAAACUACAAAGAACAUAAAAAUGGCAUGGCAAAAACUUGGUGCCUCGGAUGUGAGGGUCCUACCAGGCAUUACUCACGCAGAUUCAGGGGCCGAUGCAUUAAACACUGAGGCCCUUUCGGGUCCUUUCUUGGCCAGCACUGAUCCUCUUUAGCUUUGAAGCUGUAGGGGAAGGUCUGUAAGGGGCGUGCAUAAGAGCACAAGCGUGCCUACCGUUCCUGUCCUAUUGUUUCCAUCUAUUAUAUCCAAUUAAUAUAGUUAUUACAUACUUAUGCUUAUAUAUACUUAUAUAUUGUAUAUUUAUUUCAUGCUUAUGCUUAUAUAUACUGUUGUGACAAAUAAAAAUAAAUAAAUAAAUUAAGGGGCAUGCAUAAAGAGCACCAGCGUGCCUACCGUCCCUGUCCUAAUGUUUCCUUCAGUUGUAUUCAUUUUAUGUAUUCAAUUCUGUGGUGGUCUUUCAUGAUGUAAGAGUCAAAACACGCGUUCUUCCUCGGGAUGAGAGCCCAGAGUCAAAUCCAAAGCUCCCUUUUAUUAUAAUUCAUGCAAGGGAUGUAGAGAUUAUACGUGCAGGUUGUUUAGUUGUUUAGACCACUAGCAGCUGAACCAUGUGAAUUUUAGUCUCCUGCCUCUGACUUAU